AUGGCGAGAAGAUCGACAAAUAAACGUAAUCCAGUAACGACACCCAGCAGACCUUUCCGAUGCUGCAUCUCACUAAAUUUCAGACUUUACUUCUGCGGCUUCGCGCUAGUUCUUUUCAUGGGUCCCGUCAUGUAUGCGGUGCCUUAUAUGUCGAUGCGUUUCCGGAAGAAUGAAAUGACGUCACCGGAAGUGAUAAUUAACAUUCAUGCUGAUAAACCGGCGUAUGCUUUUCGGGAGAAUUUUACUCAGAACAGCACAGUGUACCGAAAGCGUGUUCACUACUAUAAUGUUCCAGGCUGGUUGCCAACCCAAAAAUUGUUCAAGAAUUGUGAUCAUCAGUGUUUUCUAACAACAGGCACAAAUAUUGCAUACCUAGAUUCAGAAACUGCCAUAAUAUUCCAUGCACCCAGCAUCACGACAAUUCCAAAAGAAAAGGCAGUUGGCCAAAUUUGGAUUAUCCACUCAAUGGAAUCGCCGAAAAACCAUCAUGAUAUAUGGGGAUCCUGGGGUAACCUUAUCAACUGGACGCUUGGAUAUCGACGAGAUUCGGAUAUUCUGAGCCCCUACUCGAUGUUUACUCCCAAAAAUUCAAACAAAGAUCUAAAAGGGAAAGAUAGGAUAACAGGAAGUGACGUCAUUACAAAAAAGGCAUGGAAUGCUAAAAUACAUGAUGCUGUUUGGUUUGUGUCGAAAUGCAAAGCUUCUUCCAUGCGACAACAAUAUGCCACGCGCUUAAGUCGUUUUAUCGAUAUUGAUAUAUUCGGAGAGUGUGGUAAGUUUCAGUGUUACAGACAUUAUAAAAGUCUUUGUCAGAGAUAUAUGAAAAAAUGGUAUAAAUUCUAUUUAAGUUUCGAGAAUUCUUUAUGUCGGGAUUAUAUCACUGAAAAAAGUUUUAAUGUAUUUACGCAUAAUUUAGAUUUAAUUCCUGUCACGCGCAGCGGAGCUAACGAGUCGAUAUAUCUCCCACCCGGAAGUUACGUCACGACGAAUGACUUCAACGCAAUACAAGCUUUGGGAACACGUUUAAAUGAAGUAUCAAAUCACCUCGAUAAUUUUGAGAAAUAUCUUCAGUGGAAGCGUUUUUAUUCUAGUUCAGAUAUGAUAGAUUCUGAAGAACCAUUCUGUGAACUUUGUAGGCGACUGCAUGAAACGGAUCGCAGCACAAAACAUCACCGGCUAUAUGGUAGCAUUGAAACAUGGCUGAACGGAAAUGACGAUUAUCCAAUGUGUCACGGUGUUGUAAAUGACAUCGCUAAUAUAACCGAUCAUAAAUAG